AUGCACAUUAUACAUGGGCAAAUCCGAAUCCCUCAACGAUAUGGCGGCGACCCGGAUGUCACACAGGAAAUCUGGGUCUGUAAUGACACAGGGAGCUCGACGCUCAGCAUAUUCAACUCGGAUCUCACAGCACUUGGUUUCGACCCCAAAUGGUGGUACGCAAACUCCGGCCACAGAACAAAGAUUGUGGUCCUUGUAUCUGCCCAAUCUCACUCCCGCGAUGUGAGCAUCGAGAUUUGUUGCUCAUGUUCAAGCUAUAUAGGGCACAGCUCAAGUCACUACUGCUCAAGUGCAAAUGGCCUUGUGUGGCUAGCUCAUGUUUCUAUCGAGAUGCAAGUUCUCACUUCUGCAUCGGUGCCCCUUACUCCCUGGUUCGAACAACUUGCUGUAGUCAAGCAAUGGGGUCCAAACGAGGCACGCUUAUCAGGAGAUGGCAUGAGAGAUCAUCUGUUCUUCGCAACCUCGCCAGGAAACCGCAAUCUCUACGUUUCAACCAGGAAAGCUGGGCUGAUGCGUGUUCUCCCUGCCUGA